AUGAAAUCUACAUCAGACACUAAUCCAAGAUCUUUAUGUACAUCCUCAACUUGCUUAUUGAACUCCUCAAGGCUCGUUGAGGGAUCCCGUCUGAGCCCUCCCCUGCACGUUAUCGACACGGAAUCAUUAAAAGUCUCCGACUUUCUCAGCUCCUUCCACUUUGGAGUUGAAGUCACCAAUUCCUCCGAGUCGAACCUUUGCACGUUCGGCUGCACGUUCCAAGUUUCGCUCUUUUUUAGCUCUUUCUUUUUCGUCCCCUGCUUUCCUCCUUCGGUUAUCGACCGCCAGGUGGCCUCCAUUGUGUUGUCCUCCUCCGAGAAAUUAAUUUCCUCCACCGGUCUUUCUUCCGUGGAGUCAUUAGUCGAGGCGGUGGUGAAAAUGUUCGAACUUGAUUCCGGCACUGAUGGUGGUGGUGGUGAUUCGGAAUUUUGCGAAUCAUUUGUUGUUGUGAUUUGA